AUGGAAAUUGUCGAGAAACUUCGAUUGGCUGAAGAAAAAAUAGAUAAAAUUUCGCAGAAACGCGAAGAAGACACUGUCGAGGAGAAACUAAAUGAAGAGACGACAAACGGCAUCGAGAAUUCAGUCAUUCCAACAGAGUGUUCUGAUGAAAAAUCAUCUCAGAUAUUGCCAAUGACAGGAAAAUGCUUUGUGCUGAAACAUGUCUUCACAAAUGUUCUGCAAAUGACGGAAAAAAAAUUAUAUUAUGGCAAAGAAGAAGAACAUUUUGGAGUGACAUGGGAGUUUGGCUUGUAUGGCGCGGAUCCUUUAAUCGAAUGGAAUAGAAUGAAGGAAGAAUUUCUUGAGGAUGGCAAACUGGCCGUUGAGAUUCAUGUGAAAAUCAAGGAGAUGACAGGAAUCUAUAAGAAGAACUUGAAAAGUUUCGGUGAUGAAAUGAAAUCAUUUUCUGAUGUUGUUCUUGUUGUCAAUGAGAAGAAGUUUCACACUUUGAAAUUGUAUCUAUCUGGACAUUCUCCUUAUUUCAAUUCGCUUUUAAUGGGAGAUUUCCAAGAAUCGAAGAAGUCUGAAAUCAAAUUGACUGGAAUCGAUGCGAAUGAUUUUCAGAAUUAUCUUGAAUUACUUUAUGGAGAACAAUCGAUUGAUGGUGUAUUGAUACGAUAUAAUUCCAGUGAAAUGUCGGAAGAAAACGAGAAAGUUGCUCCGAAUCAAAACGAACAAGGCGAUUCAACAUCGAAAUUUCUGAGCGAGGUGAAUCUAUUCAUGGAGAUAAUCGGUGCUAUCAAGAACGUUCACAACAUGUGUCAAGAGUUGUUGAAUAAACAGAAAACUCUCGAAAAAUCUAAUAUGGAAAUUGCCGGAAGGCUUCAAUCGGCUGAAGAUGAAAUCUGGAAAUUUUCACAAAAACUUGAAGACACUGUCGAGGAGGAACUGACUGAAGAUUCGACAAGCUAUCAAGGAAUUGUUGAAAAUGACGAGAAAAAUUCACUCGAUGGUCUCAAAGCUGCUGUUCAGAUUGUAGAAGGCACCUGUUCGAUGUUUAUGGAACAACAGGAAACUCUGAAAGUGGAAAUUUUCGAGAAGUUUCGUUUGGUGGAAGACCAAGUUGAAAAGCUGUCCCAAGAAUAUCGAGAAAAUUUCGAAUCGAAGCAGUCAACGAUCGAUGAGAAUGAGAAAAUAACAUCCAAAAUACCAGAAAAGAGUGACAAUGAGUGUCUUAUAUAUUCCCCUAAAGAUUCAUCGACUUACGGAAAGUCGAAAAUAUUUCUCGAAAUAGAAGAGAACCAACUCAUGAUCUCUCUUCAAUGUAUGAAACCGUUGAAGGAUAACACUUGGUGCAUUACAACAGAAGCUAGUUUCGAGUUGAUAUCAAAAAAUGGAAGUAGGCAUAAGGAAGUGAGAGUUAUCGAUUUUGGAAAUGAAUUUGGUGCCAUUGGAGAUACGCUCGGACCGAUACCUUUACUCGAAUGGCUUGAAAUAGAGGAAGAAUAUCUCGUCGAUGACAAAUUAGUUUUUGAAGUUCAUGUUGGAAUUGAUUGGAUGAGUGGAGUUUAUAAAAAUAACCUGAGAGAUUUCGGCGAAACGAUGAAACAGUUUUCGGAUGUAACCCUAAAGGUUAGAUACAAGAAGUUCAAUGUUUCGAAACUGUCAGCAUUUAUAAAAAUAAACUUCACUUAUAACGCAGAAUUCACUCUCGAAGGAAUCCUCUUGGUUGCUGACAUGUGUGAGACACCAAUGGUAAUCCGGAAAUGCGAAGAGUUUUUACUCGAAAAAUCAAGGAAGACAUUGAAGAAGAAGUUGGAGAUGUCUGCUCGAUAUAAUUUAGAAGGACUCAAAAAAAAGUGUCUCGGCGAGAUCACAUCGAUUGCUGAUAUAAAAUCAGUUAUCUCAGGAAAUACUCACGACAUGGAUUCAUCGAUUAUGGCUGAUCUUUUCCAAAUAUCUCUUGAGUUUCAUUGA